AUGCCGCUCCAAGCGUCGCGGACUUUGGACACCUCCCGCCGAUCACCAGAGCGCAUGGGACGCUGCACCUCCUCGCCCACUGAAACCUUCAACCAACUCGUUCAAGCUGUCUUGGGCGCCGCAACCCGGCCUAGACCCUACGUCGCCGCCCCAAGCCUCCACCAGCUCUCCCCGGACAUAUCCUUUAUUCACCGCAGCGAAGUCGUCGCACACCAGGCCGCCAUCCGCACCGGCCGCCACUCCCCCGCCCUGGAACACCAAGCUCGGGGUAGCAGGGCCAUAGACGUUGUCGGCUACACGUACGCCCCCGGCCGCCGCGACGCCUCCGCCACCGCGCUGUACGCAGAGGGCAGCACCCCGGGCGCAUAUCUCCCGCCUCCGCCCCCGGAGAUUCCGUCGCCCACACGCGUGCGCUCGCCGUUCCACGGGGAAAGCAUCUCGCUUGCGCCCGUGCAGCGACCCGUGCUGGUGUCGCGGCUGGACCAGCCGCCGUUCGUGCCUGCGCUGCCGGCGAGGACCGUGUUGCGGCCGGCGCGAGAGUGGAGAAGGGUAGGCAGUGCGCCGGAGUCGGGCUGGGAGAGCGUGCUGGGGCAUAGUGCGGUGUAUCGCGCGAAGGGGGAGGGGUAUCGUCCAAGAGUACCGAGUCCGCUGCGUGAACAGCAUGGUACGGAGAGUCUUGCAGGGGGGAGUAGUGGUAGUAGUGGGGAGUGGAGUCAUGGGACGAUGCCGAGGGAUGAAAACGAAGAACAGAGAGAGAUGGGACGGAGGGGGAAGGUCAAUGGGGUGGGGCAGGGGCCCAGGCUGAGAGGUGGUGGCGAGUGGGAGGAUUACUUCUCGCUUCCUGUGAGAGGUGUGGAUUGGGACGAAGAUUGGGUCUCGGACGGGGAUGAAAGGACUCUCCUGGACGAAGGUCAACAGCCCCGGGAUUACUUCCACUGCCAAGUUUUCCCAGAGGGUCACAAACUCGAUAUAUGUAUGCAUCCCACGACCGAAAUUCCCCGUCUCCGCGGCGGCGGCAAACCCAAACGCAAUCGCAUUCCAGCAUCCUUAUUCUACAUGGCUGGCGCUACGGGCAGGAGGCCGAACGAAUCCAUCACGGUCGAUGCGUGGAACAGCAUGAAGCCGAAGAAGAGGAUGGGCGGACUGCUGGGUAUGGCUAUGUAUGGGUACAAGAGUGGGAAGUCGUACGUUCCGGAGACGAGGGAUCAGGAGGUGCAGACGGAUGCUGAGCCUGAGGCUGCUGCCUUGGUGACGGUGGACGUGGGAAUUAGUGAUGAGUCGCCAGCCGUGGAUUCUGCUCGUGCAGUAUCGCCGGCACGGACACCCGGUCUGGAGACGAGCCAGGAUGGCAAUGAGGGGUCCCGCUCGGAAGACGCUCCUGCUUCUGGAGCUGAAGGAAUUGUAGACGCAGGAGAGCCCUCGAGCAGUGCUGCUGAGCCUGAUGCCGACAGGCCCUCUAUUCCCACCGCAGGUAACGUUGCAGACGAUACUCCCGCCGCUGCCCCUCCGGAACCAGCUUCGAAGAGUCACGCCGACGAUGGAGCACCCGCUCCAGAAGCUACUCCUCCGCCAACACCAGACGACGCGGCGAAAGACACACCGAACUCUGGACCAGGUGCUGCUCCUCUACCUUAUCCCACCACACCUCUUUUAGCUGAUGUCUCAGGGGGAAAGAAGGGUGUACCGAAAUCUGGAGAGCCUGUUCAAAUGCCGCUGACGCCAGAGGAGCUUGUGAACAAGGUUGUCGAGGAGAUGAAACGGAAGGGUCUUGUCGGGUGA